AUGGCCCCUCAGAAUAGCAACAAGUUGUCCUCUGGGCCACACAGCCCCAAACCCGAGUCUCCCACCACAGCGCGCCCUCUGGAUUUCGACGAUGAACCCCAGGAGACUGGUGUUACAACGGCUUCAUCUGCAGCUCCGACACAGCAAGAUGCGACGGAAGUUGCCCCGCCGAAGCCGCCCCGUCCAUUGAGCCCGCAACAACAGGCCGAAAACACCCUCAAAGAAGCAUUUCCAUCAGUUGAGACGUCGGUGGUCAAGGCUGUCCUCGUUGCGAGUGGAUUUGAUGUGGAACGGGCUUUCCAUGCGCUUCUUGGAAUGACCGACCCCAACGCUGCGCAGGACAUCGCCCCCCCGAAGCCUCCUCGUCCAUCUGCCGCACAGAGACAGUUGGAAGCGGAUGAGUUGUAUGCUCGCCAGCUUGCGGAACACUACAAUCGGCGUGCGCCACAGCCUGGUUAUGAUGAUCGUGCCUCAUACGAUCGUCGCAGACGGGGAAGUGAUGUGUCAGAAGAAAGAGAGUAUAGUUUCUUCGAUGAUGAUCUUCCCGUCAUUCGCGAGAAUAUCCGCAAGGGCUUUUUGGACACCCAGACUAAGGUCAACUCCUGGGUUCAGAACCUCAAGAAACGACUGGACGGUGAAGAGCCGGAGGAUACUGAGUCCAGCCAGCGGUACAGAGAGGAAGCUUACGGCAGACCGAGGAGAAGUGGUGAUAUGAGCCGUCGUAGCGGUGACCGUGAACGCUACGAUGCGGACCCCCAAGUCCUCAGCGAUGACUUUUCUGCUCUUGAAUUGAGGGAUACAGAAGCUCCUCCUCCACGUCCCCCGAGACCCCUCGCCAACCCUAACCUGUAUAAGACCUCUCCUUCGCCCGACAGACGUAAAGUGUCUUUCCAGGAGGGUCCUCCCACUGAAAUCGGCGAUCUCUAUAAUGCGUCUGAACCAGCGAGGCGCUCUCCCGCUGGGGGCAAACAGAGUAAAUGGCAGCCCUUGUCCACGGUGGAGCCGUCUCCUGUCGGGGAGAAUGACCCUUUCAGCCUGGGUGAUAGUGAAGAUGAGAAGGACCAUAAAACCAAGGAGAAUUCGACCGAGGAGGGUGAGCGUAUCAAGAAGGCGACUGCCGAGGCGAUGGCCGGCGAAGUCGGCUCUACGUCCAAAGACGGCAAUAAGUCUGAUGGGGGGAAGUCAUAG